GGGAAUGAAUUUAAUUCGAAUAUAAACUGAUGUAGUUAGAGCCAGAAAGCGAGAACUGAGAAGAAGAGAAGAAGCUACUGCUGAAGGGAAGAAGGGAUGGCUCAGAUCGAAUAUGACGAGGAGGGCGGCAUCUCGCUCUACUUCUUCGCCGCCUUCUGGGGCCUCCUGCUCAUACCUCUCACCUAUUUCUACUGGCCCAGAGGUCAGAAAAAAGUAUCCAGCACAGUACCAUGCAAGUGCAAACAAUGUGCUCUCAAAAACGAACUUUUAUCUCGCAAGAACCCAACCUCUACCUUGGGCAACUGGAUCAAGAGACUUCUAUUCCUGGUAGGCUGGGUAAUUCUGGUGCUUCUAAUCAUGCAGGCGUCUAAGGUGGAGAAAGAUUACGUAGAUUACGAUCCAUUCCUGAUCUUAAACGUUGACAGAGGCGCGACUAAAAGUGAGAUCAAAAAAGCUUAUCGAGAGUUGAGUUUAAAGUAUCAUCCAGACAAAGAAGGCGGGGACGACGUUAAAUUUAUGCAGAUAAGUAAAGCGCAUGCUGCUUUGACUGACGAAGAAGCGAAAGAAAACUGGGAAAAGUAUGGAAAUCCCGACGGACCGAAAGCAGCAACAUUUGGCAUCGCACUUCCAUCGUGGAUUGUGGACAAGAACAAUUCCAUAUAUGUGCUGGGAAUUUAUGUGGCAUGUUUCAUGGUGAUUCUUCCGAUUGUAGUUAGUAUGUGGUGGGCCAAGAGCAACAAGACGGCGGGAGAGAAGAUCCACGUGCUUACUAAUCAACUAUAUCACGACUAUAUUCACAGGACUCCUGGGAUGAGUCUGAAGAUGGUGCUGAAGGUGCUGAGCACUUCGUUUGAAUUCGACAAGAAGAGCAACCCCGAGAUGAUAUUCAGACCCACCGACGAACAGGACGUCAAAAAGGUGCAGAGGGAACUGCCAACUGCUCAAGAGGACAAAAAGACUGCCGCCGCCACCAAGGUGUUCUCCUACCCACAUUCCGUUAAAGCACGUACAGUGCUGAACGCACACAUGUUGCGAGUAGCUCUACCUGCCAAUACGCUAGAAAUUGACCGACAGUACAUUGUGAGCAAAACUCCGAUGUUAAUGCAAGAGAUGGUCAACAUAUUUGUCAAAUUGCUCUUUUUGCAUUUGCAAGGCAGAGUACCAAAUAAGGUCAAGCUAGUGUCUCUGGAAAGCAUGAUCAGACUCCAUCAGUAUCUGGUCCAAGCUGUGGGGGAGGGGAAGUCGCCCCUUUUGCAGUUACCCCACCUGCAUGAAAGUCAACUGAAGCAGUUGAGUGUACGUAAAAGGGAGGUCAAGUCUCUGGAGCAUCUAGCGAGGUUGUCAAACAAAGAACGGGAGAGCAUUUUGAAUUUCAUGGAACAGCAGGAGUAUCAAGACCUAAUGAAUGUUCUGGGACUGUUGCCUGUUGUGUAUCUAGAUGUUGAAACGCAAGUUAUUGACGACGAAGAUCGUCAGGAAAUCACAGCGCAUUCAAUCGUGACGGUGAAAUGUAGGCUAAGAAGAGAGUCGUUUAAAAAUGUCUACUUCAGUCAAAAUGAGAAAUCAGAUCAAAAUGGGACACCCAGUAAAUCGAACGGGUACGCAGUACAAUCGCAAGAAAACAAUAACAACAAUCAUCAGAAACAUAAUAAACCGAAAAAGGGAAUGGGUAGAAAGCAAGUGCGAGGCGGCAAAAAGUUAAACAAAAAUCAAAACAAUGCCGAUAGUAAACCAGUUACCGAGAAUGGCAAAGGCGACGAACCGAGUGAAAAUGCAGAAGAAGAUGAAAACGGAGUCGUUGUAGCCGAUGGAACGAACGAGUCGGCCGAGAAGGAGUCAGAACAAGCUACGACAACCAACAACGACGACAGUUCAGACGGGGAACUCUGGGACCCCGAAGAAGAUCCAGCUAAGAAAUUGCGUGAGCUCCUGGACUCGAAGCCCAAGACAAGCGUGGAAGUACACUGCCCUUAUUAUCCAGAAAUCAGACAAGAGGGUUGGUGGGUUUACAUGUGUGAAGCGAAGACCCAGAUGUUGAAAUCACCUGUCGAGAAAGUGUGUGGUCUGAAAGAUAUGGAAACAGUAGAGUUGAAGUUCACAGCGCCUGAGAAAGGUCACUACACGUAUAAUGUGCAUGUGCGAAGUGAUUGUUAUGUUGGACUGGAUGUGGAAAAAGAGCUGAAGUUGCACGUGUUGCCAGCCAAGGUAAUCGAGGAUACGAAGCAGUGGCAUUUCUCAGACGACGAAGAGAAGGAAGAUGAAGGCAAAAGUGGCAGUGGGGAGGAGACUGUAACGGAUGACGACGAGGACGAUGAUUCAGGCGAAGGAAAGGGAGGAGCGAAGGGCAAAGGUAAAGAGAAUGACGAAGACGACGAUGGAUACACCGACAUCAGCGACGACGAAGAAGAUGACGAUAGUGAUAAUUCAGAGUAGAACCUCUGCGAGUCGUGUUAACGCCUUUCUCUUAUACAGUAACCACCUAAUAGAUAAACGAAAUGGUGUCAAAACAUUAGUUGAAUAGACAGACAACCAUUAGUUUCAAAUCAUUCGCUCUGAUCUUGCUGGAUCAUUCUAACUCAUUUGUAUCAUCGCGAAGAUCUGAAGACUCUUGUAGAACAUACGAAGAACGUACGUAAAGAGAUCUGUGUACCGUAGUAAAUUUGAAGCGCUUUCGUCAAUUAGUAUUUUGAAGAAUUGGCGAUAUAGUUAAUGAACUAAUAUGAUGAAUCUCAAUUCAUGAAUUUUGCGGGUUAAGAUUUCCUACAGUAAAACUGGCUAGAUGGUUCUUUAGGCGCUUCGAAAAAGUGGGAAAUAAUGAAACGGAGUUGAGAAAUAUCUGCUAUUCAUUUUCAGUUAUUAGAGUCGCUUGCUGUUUCAUUUCAUCUUAGAACUAUUUCUUCCGUUGUUGCUAAAGCAUCAACCUCUGCUCCAGGGGUUUAUUUGAAGUUUAUUUACUGAACUGAAUAAAAUAAAGUUUGAUAGAAAAGUCAGGUGAACUUGAAUUUUUGGUCUUAAGAUUGGGGUGCUCUGAACAGUUUCUUGAUUAUUUUGAUCGUAACUGUAAAAAAGGCUUGCUCACCCAUUGUGUGAGCGCAAUAUGUAAUCUUUGUGAAGUGGGCUGUUAAUAAGGCGAACAUAAAGGUCAAAUUUUGACCGCUCCUUCAAUUCGUAGCUUAUUCAAUUGAUCAAUGUUUUUAUUUCAAAUUAUUAUAGUAGUCCAUAUGCAUAUUUGAAGUGUUAUGUUUGGUAAUUUCCUAUAAACGCUAUUGUUGUUUUCGCUAAAAAAAUAAAUAUAUGUUUCAGGUUUA